AUGACGACUGCUCACCAUCCCGCGUUUGGGAGAGAUGAAGAAGCGGUGCUGCUCCUCGAGAGGACCCAUCACCGGCAUGAUCCUCGCUGGCUGCUGCCCGUGUCCCCUCACGUUUGCCUGGCCUGCGCACUGGAGCUGCUGCCGGAGCCCGGCGUGUCGUUGGUGCGCAAGAAGCAUGUGGUGUUCUGUUUCCAAGAUGCUCUCGUGAGACACACCUCCUUGGUCACACAGCUGGUAGCUCAGGACCACCGAGUCUGCAUCCAUUUUGUACGUGUGCUUUUUGGACUGUUAAACAAUGUGGAAGAUGGGAGUUUAGCAGACCUCUGUAUUGAAGUCCUUAUCCAGCUCACCACCCAGCUGAAACUGGGGCAGGUCAUCCAUUGCCUAGUGAACGAGUGCUACAGAGAGCUGUGUAGCAUGCCUUCCAUGGGAGGCAGCCUGGCAACCACGACUCUUCUUGGCAAGCUGGUGGAUGCCAUUCCUGGUUUGGCGGAUGAGCUUGUAACGGAGCAUGGCAACCUGAUGGAACAUCUGCUGAGAGGCUUGGUUUACCCCAAUGAGGGAGUGCAAGCUUCCAUCUGCUACCUCUAUGGGAAGCUCUACUCCUCACCAGCUGCAGCUGAGAUGCUUUCAGGCCAUUUUCGGGAGAAGCUGUGUCCCCUCUUCCUUUCCACCCUGGACAAUGCUCAGACAAAGGAUCUACAGUUCAACUGUCUGGGUUUGCUAAGGCAGUUGCUGAGGUAUGAUCUCUUUGUGUCCAUGAUCAUGAACAAGUCUGUGCUGGUGGAGAGUGCUGAGAGUGUUGAGCGGCCAUCAAGAGAGACCUUGCUGCCUUUGGUGCUCAAAAAGUUUCUCCUCUCCAGGGACGAGAUCCUGCAGGUGGCCAGCUCCCACUGUAUAACUGCAGUGCUGGUCCACUCCCCUGCAAAGCAUGCCGCUGCCUUCAUUCAUGCUGACAUCCCAGAGUUCCUCUUUGAGCAUCUUUCAUCUUCCAGUGAAGUGCUUGUCUGGUCCAGCUACAAUUGCUUGAUCCUCCUGGCAGAAGAACCACUCUUCUUUUCCAAGUGUCAUACGGUGUAUGGAAUUGAGGCUGUGGUCAGGAGCCUUCAGGAAAGCCUGAAGAUGACCAACACAGAACUGCAGAAGCAGGGCCUGCUGCUCUUCGCUGAAAUUCUGAGUCGGCAGCCAGAAGAGAUCAGGCUGUUCACAAGUUCAGUCAUGUGCAGAGAUGCCAGCUCUGCCCUCCAGGAGGCGGUGAGCAGUCCUGUGUUAGAUGUGGCCAGUGAAGCACUGAGGGCCAUUUCGGCUUUUCUGAGGAUUAUAGUUCUCAGACCUGCUGGGGGCCAUGCUUGCAGUAGAAACUCAGAGAAGGCCACUCUUCGAAAGGGGAAGUUCCUCCUGAGCACUCUGGAGGGGUUUAGGAAUGCCUGCAGGCUGGCUGUGGAAUUCCAAGGUGAGCCUUCUGCCCAGGAGAAUCCCUUCACAGCUCCCGGUGCAGAGAAGGAAGACACCUUGGAGGCCUUCUCAGAAUUUCUUCUCAGUGCCUGUGAUGCCCAGUGCAUCCCUAUGAUGAUGAGGUACUCGGAGGAAGCCACGCAUCCAAGAUUGAUGGAAGUUUUCCUCUCAAUUCUGCACAGCCUCUUUGUCAUCGUUCCCCACAUGAAGGUGAAAUUCUCCAGGAAGCUUGCUGACUCAUCAUUCAUACGACUGACCCUGGAGCUAAAGGCCAAGUUCUGCAGUUGCCAGAGUCAUUCAUCCCUAAAUCAGGUGUGUUCCAGUUUCCUCUACUACAUGUGCCUCAAUCUUCUCUCAGCUCCAGAGAAGACAGAACCGCCCUCCCAAGAAGAACUCUCUGCAGUGUCUGAGUUCCUGCAGCACGGACUGCCCCAGAUAAGCAGCAGGACCCGGGAGAGUCUUGCCUUCCUGUCAGAUCGCCAGUAUGUGGAGGCAGCUGCCCGCCAGAGACAGUACUGCAUCCUGAUCCUCUUCUACCUGGCUCACAUCCACGAUGACAGGUUUGUCCCUGAGGCAGAAUUAUUUGUGGCUGUGCAGAGCUUCCUAUUGUCUCUGCAGGACCAGGGCGAGUGCCCUCCACCAGUGGUCUGCAAAGCCUCCAUCUAUCUGCUGGCAAUGUGCCAGGAGAAGGACAGUGCACUGGGUGAGGCUGUCAUCAGUGCAAUCAGAAAGUUCCUAGAGGGCAUCUCAGACCUGCACCUGGUCUACACCCACCACCCACUCCUGCUCAGGUUCUUCCUGUUAUACCCAGGGUUGAUGAGUAGGUUUGGGUAUCGUGUCCUGGAACUUUGGUUUUCUCGGGAAGAGUGCAACUAUGAGAGCCUAGAUGAUGACUCGUCUCCUGGCCAUACCAUCUUUCCUGCUAACUUAGCAGCUCUGUUCCAGAUGCUCAGAAGUACGCCUAGCAGCCUCCUCAUUUUGCUGGACCUCGUCUAUUCCAGUCCCGUGGACACAGCCCGCAAGGUACUUAUUGUUCUGAGAACCUUCAUUCGGGAGAAUGAAGAUAUUGAAGUGGGCGGGCUCAUCCGAGGCCACUUCCUGCUCAUCCUGCAGCGCCUGCUGGUGGAGUAUGGAGCUUCCACCUCAGGAGCCUCCAGGAACCUGCCACUGCUGCUGAACCUCCUUUCCCUGGUGCAGCUGAGGAAUGAGUCGGAGCAAGAAUUGGAUAGCACAGCCAUGAAACUGCUUCAUCAAGUGAGCAAGCUGUGUGGGAAGUGUAGCCCUGCAGAUGUAGAUAUCCUGCAGCCUUCCUUCAACUUCUUGUACUGGAGUCUUCAUCGGACUACACCCAGUAGCCAGAAAAGAGCUGCUGCUGUACUGCUGAGCAGCACAGCUUUGGUUGAGCUUCUGGAGAAGAUGCUGGCCCUCACCUGGACAGAAGCAGGCUCUCCCAGGACUCCACUGCUCUGCUCUGCCUGGCUGCUCGCUGCCUCCUUCUCUGCCCAGCAGCACAAUGGCAAUUUGCAGGUCCAUCAGACAUUAUCUGUAGAACUGAACCAACUAUUAAAGGCUCUCAGCUUUCCAAAGAAAAAGUCUGCACUGCUGUCAGCUGCCAUCCUACGAUUCCUGCGGACAGCCCUGCAGCAAAGAUUUUCGUCUGCCUUGGUGGCUUUGGUGCCCUCAGGGGGUCAACCACCGCCAACUCCUGAGGAUACUGUCCUAGCUCCAUUGGGAACAUCGCAAGUGCUAUCCCUGCUUAUUGGGCUUCAGAACCUCCUGGUGCAGAAAGACCCUCUUUUAUCUCAAGCCUGUAUUGGCUGUCUGGAAGCCUUGCUCGACUACUUGCAUGCCAGGAGCCCAGACAUUGCACUCCAUGUGGCCUCCCAGCCUUGGAAUCGGUUUUUGCUAUUCACCCUCUUGGAUUCUGGAGAGAAUUCCUUCCUCAGACCUGAGAUACUGAGACUUAUGACGGUGCUUGUGCAGUACCGGAGCAGCAACAUCCUGUCUGGUGAAGAGGUGGGUCGUAUUUUGCAAGGUGCAGCUUUGGCGGACCUGUCAGCUCUCCCAAAUGAUACACUCCAGACUUUGCAUGGCUUCUUCCUGCAGGUCCAGAGUGUGGGUCUCCUGACUGACCAAAAGACAAUCCAGACCUUGCAGGCCUCCUUGGAGGGCCUUCGCUCCAGCACCUUCCCAGCCCAGCCACCCCUUCAAGACAUGCUCUGCCUUGGAGGUGUAUCUGUUUCUCUGUCCCACAUCAGAGACUGAGCCAUAAGGACAUAAAGACCCAGAAACAGAUGUUGAGACCUGUAGACAAAUUGAGGACAAUUGUUGAUGGAAAAAUGACAACCACAGUCCUUCAUCUGUAGCCAUUUUUUUUUUUUUUUUUACUUCAUCGUGGAAAUGGGAUUGGGAAAUAAAACAA